AUGGCUAGCACCAACAUGGCAUCAGCAGCAUCUGGGUUUGUGUUGUCUCUUAAUGUUGCAGCUGCCACCACAAACUCAUUAUCUUCUAGGGUUAUGUUCCCCACAAAGAACAAUGGUGGUUCUAGGCUUGUUGUAAGGGCUUCAGAUGAGGCUGCAGCGUCGGCACCUGCAACAGCCACCCCUCCAGCUGAAGGUGAAGCAAAGCCAAAGCCACCACCAAUUGGUCCAAAGAGAGGUGCUAAGGUGAAGAUUCUUAGGAAGGAAUCCUACUGGUACAAAGGAACUGGUUCAGUGGUUGCAGUUGAUCAGGACCCCAAGACUCGCUACCCUGUUGUGGUUCGAUUCAACAAAGUCAACUACGCCAAUGUAUCAACAAACAACUAUGCUUUGGAUGAGAUCCUGGAAGUCGAAUGA